AUGCCCUCCAAACCAGUCGCCUCCCCACCCCCGCAACCGAAGAAAGUCCACGGCGCUGUCCGCGACGACGACCUCCCCAUCGACGACUACGAGAAUGCCUGGCACGAACAGCAAGAAGAAGAGGAAGAGGAAUACCGCGAGCAGAAUGAUAUUGCCUUCAAGGCACCGAAUGUUGCUGCCGCGAGGAGGAUGAAUACCGGUACUGCGCCGAAUCCUGUUGAGGGGACGCGGAAGGGGACCACGGGGUCGGUUAAUAGGUCGAAGACGACGCAUUGA